GGAAGAUUAGCAGGGUUCUAUAGGGGAGAUUGAACUUCAUUGUAAUUGAGACCAAGCCAUUCUGCUGCCUUUCAUCUGAUAGACUCCCCCCCCAAGUGCUGCAAAGUGUUCUCAUCUUCCCAGCAGAGCUGCAGUAGCACCAGGAUCCCUGCAGGCGAGAGCUUUCCGUUCUGCACUCACUGCGUAGGCACCGGCUGUAUUGCUUCUACAGACCCUACAAAAAUGACCUUCAGGAGCAGUCAAACGGUGUCAACAAUAAUUGAACAAAGUCCUUCCUUAAAACAUGAUGACAUUGGGGCUGACCGAAACAUGACAGAUGACAUACUUGAUACUACAUACACUAAGAAAGUGGAUCCGAAGCCACCCAUUAAAAUAGUUUGGAGGAAUGUAAUCCUGAUGUGUCUGCUGCACAUUGGAGCAUUUUAUGGACUGUUUUUUAUACCUGCUGCAAAGCCCAUCACAUUGGCAUGGGCAACUGUGUGCUUCAUGUUAAGUGCUCUUGGGGUAACAGCUGGUGCUCAUCGUCUCUGGAGUCAUCGUUCCUAUAAGGCUAAACUACCCCUUAGAAUAUUUUUGGCAGUUGUGAACUCUAUGGCUUUUCAGAAUGACAUUUAUGAGUGGGCACGAGAUCACCGUGUUCAUCACAAAUUCUCUGAAACUGAUGCUGAUCCACAUAACGCUACGAGAGGUUUCUUCUUUUCGCACAUUGGUUGGCUUCUCAUACGCAAACACCCCGAUGUAAUAGAAAAAGGGAAGAAGCUUGAUCUGAGUGAUCUCAAAGCAGAUAAAGUGGUCAUGUUCCAAAGGAGAAACUAUAAACUUUCUAUACUGGUGAUGUGCUUCAUUCUCCCAACUGUGAUCCCAUGGUACUUCUGGAACGAGUCUUUCUCUGUUGCCUUCUAUGUUCCUUGCCUCUUACGUUAUGCACUAGUGCUCAACGCAACAUGGCUGGUGAAUAGUGCAGCUCAUAUGUAUGGAAACCAACCAUAUGACAAGACCAUCAAUCCCAGGGAGAACCCAUUAGUCGCCAUCGGAGCCAUAGGAGAAGGUUUUCAUAACUACCACCACACAUUCCCUUUUGACUAUUCUUCCAGUGAAUUUGGGCUGAAGUUCAACAUUACCACCGGCUUCAUUGAUCUUAUGUGCCUGUUAGGCCUGGCUAGUAACUGCAAGAGGGUAUCCAAAGAGACCAUAAUGGCUCGGAAGAUGCGCACUGGUGAUGGGAGCCACAGGAGUGGCUGAAGAGAAGGGAUAUUUAGUGAAAGAUUAACAAAAGGCUGAGAGGAGAUAUUAAUUAUGAUUACUUUAAUACAACCCAGCACAGCGUUCUUUUCAAUUACUUAAAGUAAUUAUAACUCCAUGUUUAAUGGCUCAUCCCUUGUUCCAUUUGCCUUCCUUUACAUAUGUUGUUCUGAAACAUUUGUUUUGUUUGCUUUUUGGAUACUUUCUGUACUGUAUAGCUAUUUAAAUUGCUGUCUUUUUCUCUCUUCAUUUCUCACUUGCAGUUGGUGUUUCGGUCUAUGACAAGACCCAAUACCUUCUGUAAAUGUUGUCUUAAGCACUGACCAAAACUCCAGCUCUCUCUUCAGAGGAAUUUGACUGUACUCAGGCUCUCUAAAACAGAAUUAUAUCUAAUAAGUGGACAACUUUCAAGUGCCAUUUUUAACAGUUUGUACCUAAAGGGAAAAAAGCUAAAGAUUUUUUUUUUCUGUUUGUGUAUCUAUUUGAUUUACUCUAACAAGUACAAACAGAGUGCUUUUUCAGCAGUUUAUUUUCCAACUGGCAAUUACAUGAGCUAUUGGCUGUGCAUUGACGAGAUGAGUUUGCAUUGGCUGCAGUUGAGGCAUUAACCCAGGUCAUUGUGACAAAGGCAGUGCUCUAUGUAUGUUGUCGCUUGUAGUUCCUAAGAUGAUAGAAAUGAUUUUCUUCUUCUAUCCAUAGAAAACAAAAUACCCAAGCCACACAAAUAUAGAAGGCAAAUUCUUUUCUCAUGGGCUGUCACUUUAAACCCUUGUUGGUUAUCAAAUGAGAUUUGUAGUAUUUGUCAUCCGCAGUUACCAGCCAGAAACGUAGGUUUCAUAGUAGGGUAAAAAUGACUGUGAACAACAAAUAUAUAUAUAUGGAUAUUCAUAUUAUGCAUGGUGUGUUUCCCCGCCUGGUAUCAUAUUGUAGCUUUGGUGGAGGAAGUGCUAGUUUAUUUGACACUGUGCCCCACUGUAUGGGUUUGAUUGCCUUCUUUUUAAGUUUUUGAUUUGUGAGCAAUUUACAGAAACAGUAAGAGCUUAUGGAGCCAUGUCUGGGAUAAUAUAUAUACACUUGGGCUAGAUAAAAAUGUAGUUUAUAUUAUAAAUGUGAAAAUCUGCAUUUACAACUUUGGUUGCAUUUGUCGCCAUUACACUAGAAAUUGUAUAGUGGCCCUUUUUUGUGUCUGGAAUAUAUGUUUAGUUUAUUUGCCAUUUUCAGCAAACUUGUACAAUUUCUGUAAUCAUUUUUACAUUAUUAGUAUAUUUGGCAAAGCCACCUGUUUGUUUUUUACUAAAUAUUCCCCAAUGUGAUCUACAUAGCUUUAUCAGUCACAAUUUGUUGCUGCAAAGUCUGGUGUUGCCCCACACAUACUGCUUUUUGGUGCCUGCAGCAGUGAGUAACUUGAUUUCCAACUUCUUGCAAAUUUUACUUUGCCAAUGGAUUCUGGGAAUUGUAGUUAAACUCAGCUGGGGUAACUGGUCAGAUUAUUAGUUCAUUGAACCAACAUUGUAAAUGCUGGGACAUUGCUGCCUUUUGAUACUGUAAUCAUAUCUUAUUGUACUGUAAGUCUCAGUAAUAUGAGGAAUAAUGUAAAUUGCUUAAGUUUAUAUCCUAAAUGUUCUCUGGACUGGAAAACUGCAUAGGCAGCCUACUGCAUUGCCUAUUAUAUAUCAGGCAGUGUCUAUGUAAAUAAUGCUUAGCAAAGUCUGGUCAUGGCCACUAUAGAUAAGACAUACAGUGCAUGAAACAGUUAUUGCAGGUACAGUAUAGUCUUUUUAGAGUACUUACUGACACUCAUAUUGACUAAUUGGAGCUUUGACAUUAUUAUUUCUUUAUACAGAGUGUUAAAUCGCCCUCAUUGCCUGUUGUAAAAAUCAUAUGUAAGCACUCGUACCAGUGUUUUGCCCAGCUCUUAGAAACAUGUUUGUCAAUAUUCCAAGCAAUAGUUAGCUGGCAAAACUUGCAUGAGAAUUUUAGUUGAUGGCCUAACAAUGAUGGCAAUUAUACUCUCCCAUCCUACUAAAAAACAUGGGCACCAAAGUGCCUAAAAAAAGCCCUAUAUGCUAUCAACCUAAUAUCCGGGCCUUUAUGCCAACAAUAUUCUCAUUCCCAAAAUGAAUUAAAAUUAAACUAUGAUUUUAAUGGGUAGUAUGUUUUGGCUGACUUAGGCAAAGAGCAGGGUGAUGAUGGAUAUUACAUACAAAACAACCCAGUUUCUAAGCCUCUUAAUAGUGUUUCCCUCAAAAUACACCCCCUUGAAACCCCACUCACACAAGAAGUUUGGCUUAUUUCCUAGCCGUCCCCCCAAAAAUAGUUUUUUAUGAAUAUUUUCAAUAUUUUGCUGUUUGGAUGUAACGAGUGAGUAAUGUAGUUUUGAAUUGCUUUAAAAUAUUUAUGGAUUGAAAAUUUGGUUUGCAGCGUUUUGAGGAGAAUUUGCAGUGAAAUAAAAUUGCCUUAAAGCUUUUUGAUGGUUAGUUUAAGUAUGAAUGGCCAAGAAUGGAUGGCAUUGUAUAACGGAGGAGCACUUACACUGCAUUCAGAGAACAAAGAAAGAUUGCAGUUUUCUGGUUUGACUCAAGUAGUUCCCUACUUUUAUGUUAUAUAUGUAUGAACAUCAGCACUUAGACAUUAAGCACUUAUUUGGAAUUCUGUUGGGGAUAACUGAAGAUUGUGAACUUAUUUGGAAUUAUAUUUGUUCAUGAUUUCUCUAUAGAAAUAGAAAUAAUUGGUAAUAUGUUGGCCAUAUAAUAUAUACAAGGCUAGAAUACUCUUGUCAUAUCAAAAUUAACAUAAUGGGUUUGAAGGCAAUGCCAUAAGCUAUAGCACACAGGACCUUUAAUACAAUAGGAAGUACUGUAAGUAUCUCAAUGCCUACAGUCACAGGCCAGGAGCUGAUUUUGGCCCGUUUGUCAUUGCUUAAAAAGGAUAUGAAGUGAUGUAGCCCUUAAUGUUCUAAUGAAUAUACCAGGACUGCAAGAAGGAUAGUAGUUACCCAUGACCUCAUAUAUUUUGAUAUUCUCCAAUAGAGUUUGAGCUAUGUAUUCAUACAAACGCAUUUAAUUAAACACUGUAGGAAUCAAUGUUGUACCUCGUCUUAGAUGUUCUGCAGUACGUUCACCAAGUUCCUCAUUUACUUUGAUAUGUUCCCAGUGCUGAGACUCUUUGCUUCUGGCACAGCAUUGGAGCUUUGUGCAUUGUCCUGUUUUGCACAGAACCCUGGGACAUUUGAUACCUGGGACUAUUAAAUCCUUGUUUAGUUGGCCAAUAAAGAUAUCGCUUCUGUACCAUUUGCAAGAUCUUUCAUAUAACAAGAGUGUUAAGCUUUUGAUAUAUUAUAGGCCAUACAUUUGAAUAUUUAAACCAAAUAUGUUUUGUUAAAGUUAAAUGGCAAAUAAACGAUAACCAGACAAACUUUUUCUGUCGUGUUACUGACAGCGAGAGAGUUUACUGUUUUUAUGAUUUAUUAAUGCUGUGUUGAGUAAAGAGAACAUAGCAUCAAAAGUGGCAAGUAUUUACUGUUUACCAGCAAUAAAUAUUGAAAAUAAUUUGGUGAUUAUAAAACAAUUCUGAGUGUAGCUGUCAUUUGGUCCGAUGGGGCCCCGUACAUCUUGAGUGUAGUUGCCAUGUGCACAGGUGGGGCCCCAAACACCUGCCUGGUCAUGACCUUGAACCACCCAAACCCCACCUCAGAUUUGUUCAAACCCAACCCUUUCUUGGCAAUCCAGAACAAUAACGAUAAGAAAGGUGCUUGCCACACCUGUAUUUUCCCAACAUAUGAAGAACCCAAAGCUAAUUAGAACAGAUUCACUUGGACACAGAACAAGUGCAGCAGGGAGUGUUUAUUUAGAGGAAAUACUUAUCCCCACGCAAGGACUCUCCCUGCUGCACUUGAUCUGUGUGUUCUAUUCUAAUUGGCAGUCCAGAACCCCAUUUACUCUGUGUCCCACCCAGUGGCAGCACCUGAAUAAUGGGAUCAGAUGAACUUUGAAUAUUUCAGAUUUUCAGCAUAUACAGAUUAAUAAAAGUCUUUAGUUUUCUAGAGAUCAGAUGUGAACAAGUAUAAUUCUAUUAGAACUUUAAACUUCCUGAAGGCCUCUUAGACAAGGGUUUGGAAAAGGGCAAGCAGUAAAGAAAACUAAAAUCCCCCAAUUUUUUUAUUUUUUUUGGCUUACUUUGUUUUAGGGGCAGUGGCACAUGUCUGAUAUGGUACUCCUGCCAUAAAUAAGCUUAACAAAGAUUUUAGAUUUUUGAGUGCAUUUUAAUGUAAUGACAGAGACCAUUAGACCCUUUUGAAAGGUUUUUAUUAUCUGUGAUGAUAUAUCUUGGUAAUAAUUGAGGACUAAUAUUUAAGUUAAAGGGGACCGGUCACCCUAAGAAAUAAAUUCCAAAUUCUUUUCCGCCAUAUUAGUUGAGCAAAAUAAACUUUACUUACACUACAUUUAUUAUUUACAUUUUGUUUCUUUCAGUCUUGGGAUUUCACAAUCACAGCAAGCAGGCAGGGGCCAUUUUGUGGCAAUUUGUUAUUAAGACAAAUUUUUUAUCACUCCAAAAAUCUUGUAUGCACCAGAAUGGGGGACCUAAUGCCCAUGCACAGUGCCCUACAUAAUUAAAGAGCGUUUGGAGAGAGGGGGAAUGUGAGGAGGUUAGUGAUAUGUAGGAAGUGCUGAAUGAAAAGUGAAAGUAAUUGACUUCCCCACUUCUAUGCCUCAGGCACAGAGGUGGGGCAGUAAUAUUUGAUUGACAGCUCAGAUAUUUAAAUAUCUUAACAGGUAUGGAUGUUUCAAUGAAGAAAAGAAUUUAGGUUCCAUGUUUAAUUUGCAAAGGACAAUUAGACAGAUUUGUAUGUGUAGGUGACUAUUCCUGGAUUGCUCUAUCUAUUUAUAUUUCUAUCUUUCUCUAUAUAUACAGUAUAUAUAUAUAUUUAAAAAAAAGUAAUUUUAUAUAGACAGUUAACUUAGCAGCCGGGGUAUAAAUAGAAGAUGAAUAAGGGAGGAUCUUAAUAGAAAGGCAAUUAGCAUGUUGGUUGUUAAAGUCUGUGAUACGAUCUUAAAUUGCUAGCUAAAUUGAUGUGAAAUAAAAAGACAAACAAUUAAAAAGCUAUAUAGAAAUUGAAGACAAAUUAAAAGCUGCACAGAAUAGGUUAAUCUUUAACACACCAUGGGGCCUAUUUAUUCAAACACCUUAAUAAAUUUGCCAUUUAUUUUCAAACCGUUUUUUGAAGAAUGUUGUUUUACACAGCAUAAUAAAUAUGGCAGCAAAUAAGUGUUUACCCAAUAUAAUAACCAUUUUUACCUUUGAACUGGGCUUCCAGGAAAAGAGUUUUCCAACCCCAAAUAUCUCGCUAAUUGAACCCCCUUUAAGCAAUUUGCUGUGCUCCAACUAAAGCGUCAUUCCCACAGUUUAAUAACCGUAGCUUUUUUAAGUCUACAAAAUAAUUUGCAUGAUCCAGCUCAUGUGUACCUUCAAAGGGGUCAGAAAAAAGUAUUAAGUAUAUGAGAGGACCCUUAACCUGCCUGCUUGAUACUGCAGACCUAGAUAUAAUAAAUCUGACCACUUAUCCCUUUAAUAACUUCUCAUGUUGCAGAUUUAAAAUCUGCUGAAUAAAAAACGAAAUAUUUCAAAAACCACAAAUAAUAAAAAAUGAAAACCAAAUGCAAAUUGUCUCAGAAUAUUACUCUCUACAUCAUACUAAAAGUUAACUCACAGGUGAACAACCCCUUUAAAAAAAAUGGAAGGCCUUAACCUUCAAGGUAUUAGGGGUGAAACAUGCAAAUUACUCAUUUAUGCCCAUUGGCUCUCUGUGCUAUUAAAGCAGCAGUUCUGGAUGCAUAGUUGGGGACAGGGAUAUAAGGGAGUCAUUUUCACUUCUUCGCACAUGAGUUUUCUAGCAGAAGCCAAGAAGAUACAUAAGUGGCUCCAGAUAAAAAGUGACCCUAGUGGAUGUUGUAUGAAUGUCAUAGGGACCUUAAGUUAUAAACUCCAUUGGGCUUAGAAUGAUGAAUUUCUGUAUUAGAUCCCAUCAGCGACGACAAAACAUAAGAAAUCGCAAUAAAAUGUGAGUUUAAGGGAAAUUAUCAAAGCAUUCUCCAACUAAUUUAAGCAACGAUGACCGAAAUUGUAAAAAAAAAAAGUGCCGGAAUAGAAACAACAUAGAAUUCUUUUUUGUUGUGCAAAAUAUUGGCGUGUUGUGUGAAUACUAUAACUUGGCACCUCGGCAGAACAUGCCAUGUUGCCCUUUGAUCAACACCGCACUUCGUAAUAGUAGUUUUGAAAGACAACAUCAGAAAAUUGAAAGGAAUUCUUAUAGGAAGAACCACUUGGGGUAUUAUUUACAAAAGGGAUGCCCAGUCUGUGGCGUGCUAGCUGUAGUAGGGGAUGAUCAAACAGUAACAUCUGGAAGGCCAUAGCUUGGAUCUGUCUGACUUCAAGUAAUCAUGAAAGCUGUAUAUAUUCAGAAAUCAAAUAAGACGGAGUACAAGGAGCUCUAGUGCAUGCUAUUCACCCAUUCAUGAUCAUGUAUUUAUAUUGUAUGUCCAUGCUGUUGUUUAAUAAUGACUUCUGUUUUUCUCUCUUUCUAAAAAUCUUUAUUUCAUGUGACCACAACCCAUAUAGGCUGUAUAUCUAUAACAUACAGAAUACCGUACACUAAAUCUCUGAGCAUUUGCACCCUCAGUACUAAAUCCUUUGGCAGAAAUGAGUUAUCUUUAUCUUUACCUAUACAGUGCUGGCUACUGAGAUCCAUCAGCUAAAAGGUAGCAUCUUAUUGCAAAGUUUGUGUAUGUCAAUGUGUGGUGUUACAAAUGUAAAAGGAAAUAUAAGAAGGUUUUAAUUUGCAUUAUUGUGAUCAUGUCCUGUGUUCUAAAAUAAAUUUUUAAAAAUA